AUGGCCAAGGGCGUAGCAUUGGUCGUCGGCGGCGCCGGCUUCCUGGGCGGCCACAUCGUGCGGCAGCUGCUCGACAGCCGCCGCUACAGCGCGGUCCGCGUAUUCGACAUCCGCCCCAGCGGCGUGGCGGGCGCGGACGACAGGGUGGGGGACCUUCGGCGGCUGGAGGAUGUGGCCGCGGCAGUGGAGGGCGUGGAUGUGGUGAUCCACGUGGCCACCGCCACCCCCACCAGCGAGAACUCACUCAACAGGCAGCUGAUGGAUGACGUCAACGUGAGGGGGCUGGCCCACGUGAUUGACGCCUGCAGGUCGGCCGGCGUCAGGAAGCUGGUCUACACCAGCUCAGCCUCGGUUGUUUUUGAGGGGCAUGACCUGGUCAACGUGGACGAGUCCCUGCCCUACGCGUCCCGCCCCAUGGAUUACUACACUGAGACAAAGAUCAAGGGCGAGAGGAUGGCCCUGGAGGCCAACGGCCCGGACCUGGCAACGUGCGCGCUGCGGCCGAGCGGCAUCUUUGGCGAGGGGGACACUGUUCUGGUGCCGACCCUGGUGCGGCAGGCGCGGGCCGGCAAGAUGAAGUACAUCAUAGGGGACGGGUCCAACAAAUGGGACAUGACCUACGUGGGCAACGUGGCGCAGGCACACCUGCUGGUGGGGGCCCGCGCGCGCGCAUCGGGACGGGGCAGGGGGUUCGUGCUGGCUGUGUCUUAA